AUGAAAGCAGAAUUUAAACCAAUUCAAGUGGCAAGAAUUUCUUCAUCUUCACUUGCAGAAGCGUUCAAGGAAUUGAUAAAGAAACCACUUUAUUCUCAACAAGGUUAUAACUUUGAUUUAAUUAAAGAAAGUGAUAGACGUAAAUUAGAAAAAUCAGAUGGUUUUAAGAAUGCAUGUAAUGAAAUGAUUAAAGAUAUUGUAAAUGAUGAAAUAAGACUGGAAGAAACUCAAAGCAAUAUCAAUAACAUUAUUGGUGCAGUUACAAAGAAAGUAUAA